UAACACUCGUGACAUACUGUUACAUCACCUUCACUAGCAAUGAUUAUUUCAUAACUCAUUCGGAUCGAUUUGGAGUGGAGUGUUGAAAUCGUUACCUUAUUUCGCAACAGGGGUGCAAAGACGAAGAAAAACGGAACAGUCUAGUUGCACAAAAUACGCAUACAAGACGUUAUAGAAAUGGGACCUUCAACACGCUGCUAGGAGAACCAACAAGCCAGCAUGUCCAGCUUUAUGUCAAGUGCUGCUGAAGCACAGAGCAUCCCUCUCCUUCAGAUGACCAACCCCAGCACAGCAGAUACCAUCCAGGAUACGUUCUUGUCAUGUCCGAUCUGUUACGAUGUGUACAGGCAGCCGAAGUGCUUGCCUUGUCUGCACACAUUCUGCUGCCAUUGCCUGAUCUCCUACAUGCAAUCACAAGAAGUGUAUGGCGCCAGGCGAAAAAGGGGUUUCCCAUGUCCCGUCUGCAAGCAGUUUAUUCAAAUUGAAAAUCAUCUUGGUAGCUGGAGCGAGUGGGCAGAGGAGUUCCGAAAUAACUUCCUGAUACAGAAUAUGAUUGAUACGAUCCUUCAAGAGUCUGAUCAAGGAAGAACGGAGACCGAAGAUGGAAGCACAGAAGAUAGCGCCACCAAAGUGGCAACCCCAUCAGCUCCAACCUUUGCAACCCCAUCUGCUAGACCCUUUGCAACCCCAUCUGCUAGACCCUUUGCAACCCCAUCUGCACCACCGGCGUCGUUCGACAUCGACUCAGCCACUUCAUCCAUGUUCGAGAGUGUCCCUCAGCAGCUGAGAUAUCGACCUCGAUUCAACCCGAGGCCUGACUCCCCUGACCAUCCAUCCGGAGUAUUUUAUGGCAGACAAAACUCUACCAGCAUGCCGGACUUGAACCAAGGUAGUCACUCACCUGCACGUAAUACAAAUGCUAUUUCUGCUUUUGCAAGCAGAUCUGCCACAGUCAUAGCACUUCCCGCCUCUAACACGCCUGUAUCUUAUACAGAGACGUCCUUGAGAAUAAACAAAACCUACGAAAUGGCAGCCAGAAGCUGGUCAGAUUACAAACCUCCACGAAUUUGUGAUAUUUGUUGUCUUCCCAAACAGAACAGUGUGUUGGUGAUUGAUUAUGACAAUCGAUGCGUGAAGUUCAUCAAGGAUGUAUUCCUGGGCCGGAAUGUUACCACCUCCAGUGACAUGGUACUUGGGCGGCCCUGUUGCCUAGCAAUACUGGAUGAAGCGUCCGAGAGCCAUAUUGUGGUCAGCAUCCUUAACAGGAGCAGGCUGUACUUUAUGAGAGUGCCUGAGCUUGAGGUUGUGAACAUUAUGGAGACAUCUCGUCCAUACCGUGGCGUCGCAGCCCUGAAUCGAGAUACGAUCUUGGCUGCCAGUCCAGGAGACCCAUCCUGCGUGGACAUUAUCCACAUCAACCAAAGCUUUAGGCUCAGAUCCUGCACCACAAUCUACAGGACAGGAAACUUUGAAGGUUCGUGGAACUACGACAUAUACCAACCUAACUUCAUCACGGUGAUGUCUCCAACAACGUUUGCAGUGUCGGACGCUCAAAGGAAAAGUCUUGUGUUCUUUCAGAUAGAGGGAAGGAGAAAGGCAGUGAAGAAAUUCACGUUGACGCCUCCUGAACACCAAAGAUUCCGUGAGCCAGCUGGCUUGUGUUACCACAAUGACAGCAUGUAUAUCGUGGACAAGGAUAAUCAUGAAGUCAACAAGGUCACUUUCGGAGCCACGGUUGUGUGCGAGACGGUUCUCAAGCAGCGGGAUGGCGUGCUUAAACCGUCUUCUAUUUGUGUUGGGCCUCGUGGUGAACUCUGUGUCAGCAACUGGGAAGGGAAGGUCACCAUCUUUACAGCACGUACGUAGAGAAGGAUGCAAGAUACAGCUGUGGACACACAACCAAUAGCACAACCGGAAAUGUGGUAUUAAUACAGGUACCACACCAGUGGGAUUUGCUGCUAUAGUAUUUGAAUCCUUGGACACCCUUUAACUGUUGACAUAUGGUUUUGACAAGGGCCCUUUUACUUUCGAGCUUAAUUUCACUGCUCACAAAUCUGCAUAUGCUACAAGGGUUGAUGGACGACUUCUGAAAGAAGGAAUUCAUAACAAUGAAAAGUUUCUUGUGGGCAUUACAUGGAGAUGUAUUUUUUCAGAAACUUGAGACAUUUGAGCAAAUUGUUUCGCCGUGACAAGUCAGUGAAAUAGACAGGGUUCUGUGACCUUUUGAAAAUGGACAAACUUGAGGAACCUGUAGUGUUCAAGUACUUGUAGACUGUAGUCACUGGAAUGAUGAUGAUGAUGAUGAUGAUGAUGAUGAUGAUGAUGAUGUGUGUUCAGUUACAAGAUAUUUUGUAUUCACAUUGGUAAGUUUGGCAUUUCCAAGUGUGAAUAUGAAAUACUGUAAAUCUUGAAAUUAACGCGAGCGUGAAUUCAAUGCGAAAAAUGUGAGUGGUCUUUACUCACGUUAUUAUUUAAUACAUCACAUUUAUAUCAACAAUAAGACAUUUUGGAUAGAAGAAAUACCAACUUAGACAUACGCUGAAAACAAACAACUAUGUAUUCCAGAUCACUGUUUAUUGAGCAGCACUUGUAACAAGU